AUGCUUGCCGGCCUCCACUUACCCCUUCAAGACAAGCGCCCGGAAUGUUCCCCAGGCCGCUCCUCACCGUCUCCUCUUCACCGGCAGAGAUGCUGGAGGAACCCGCCCCUCCUCUCUCUGUUCAUCUCUGUUCUCCUGGUGUGCGCUCUCCUACUGCCUGUCUGCCACUGCCGUCGGGCUGGAGGUUCAGGACCCGGUGGUGGUGGGGCUCACACAGGACAAGGGGGCCAGAGAGGAGGCCCAAAUCAGAGAGGAGUGGUCAUCCCGCCUCCUUUCUCUCCAGGCGUCGCACCGAUGCCACCAAUCAACCCCAAACUCAUCAACUCGCUCAGCAUCGCCGUCAUCCUGGUGGGCAACUCUAGUGAUGUAGCGUUAGGGGCCGGGCUUGAAAAAGAGGACUUCCUUCACAUUCCUUUUCCUCCCAAAGUGGAAGUGGUCACAAUGAAUGAAACUGACCCCAAAAGCAUCAUAAACAGGAUCUGUGCUCAAAUGGCGAGGAAUUCGUUACAAGGCGUAGUGUUUGGGGAUGACACGGACCAGGAGGCCAUUGCGCAGAUCCUGGACUUCAUCUCCGCACAAACACACAUCCCCAUACUUGGCAUCAGGGGCGGCUCGGCGAUGGUCAUGGCAGCUAAGACAGUCACUGAGGCUCAGAGCACCAGCAGCACAGAUGAAACACAAAUGAAAGUGGUGCACUGGGAGCGCACACGACAGACGCUGAAAGACGGUUAG